UCAAGACUUUUGAUAAAAUUGAAUUGUUGGAAAUUGCUGCAAAAUUGGCGGUUAUAACUAUCACUGUGCGAAAUGUAAAUAUCGUCAUAGUCACGUCUAUCUACAAGAAGCGGUAUAAUUUGCUAUGAACAAUGAAUCCUUCUACAAGAAGAACAGGUGGUCCCAGAAGACAGAAAGGCAUGAGGCCUAAUAAUCCUCCAGAAUAUUCAUAUGGCCAGUUUAAUCCUGGGCCACAAUUAUUUGAUGACACUAGUGGUGGUUUUGCACCACAGUAUCCACCAGGUCCUGCUCCAGGAAUGAAUACUAGUGGUUGGGAUCAGAGUUACAGUCAUCCAUCAUUUCCAGGACAGCAACUUUUGACAGAUCCUAUGGCUUCCAUGGCUAUGCAGUAUGGCCAAACUAUUGCUGGCCAAGGCAAAAUUAUGGUAGAAGAAAAGUUGGAGAAGUAUGUAUCCCUAUCGAAAAUGAAGUAUUAUUUUGCUGUUGAUACUGGUUAUGUAACAAGGAAAAUUGGAUUAUUAUUUUUCCCUUUUACUCAUAAAGACUGGGCAGUCCAUUUUAACAAUCAAAAUGAACCUAUACCUCCAAGAUAUGAUGUAAAUGCACCAGAUUUAUAUAUUCCCACUAUGGCAUUUGUUACAUAUAUUUUAAUUGCUGGUUACAUACUUGGGUCACAAAACAGAUUUAGCCCUGAGCAACUUGGCAUGCAAGCAAGUUCUGCAUUAGGUUGGUCUCUUGUGGAAAUUGCUGUACUAUUUUUGGCUCUCUAUGUAUUAAAUGCAUCUUCAUCUAUAAAAGUAUUUGAUCUGAUUGCAUUUUGUAGUUACAAAUAUGUUUGUAUGGUGGCAGCAUUAUUGGCUUCACUUGGCUUCAAAUCUCUUGGGUAUUUUGUUGCGCUUGGAUACUGUAGCAUAUCUCUUGGUUUCUUUUUGAUACGUACAUUACGAGUACUUAUUUUGCCAAAAACAACAUCAGACCAUUACUCAUCUAGUGGUCGACAAAGUUCAUAUUUAUUAUUGGGAAUAUGUAUUAUACAACCUAUUCUAAUGUACAUUUUAACUAAACAUCUAGUUACUUUUCAAGGAACAAAUGAAACAGUGGCAUAAAAAUAAAUUUCAUACUGGCUUUUGUGUCAGAUUUUUGUAUAAUAACAGCUACUAUAUAAAACUGUAAUAAAAUUGACAAUCAAAUUACAUGCUUUUAACUGUAAUCUUUUUCUCACUAAAGUUACAUAACACAAAAAAAGUUUCUUUUUUAAAAGAUUUAUCUGUAUUAGUACUGAUGCAUAAUUAUUUUUAAGCCAAGCAUCUGUGAUAUCCUUUAUUUCAUUAUGAUUGUAUGAAUUUAUCAUUAUUGCCUAUUUGUCAUUUUCUUAUACUAUUGUUUUUAUAUCAUCUGCUUUUCCCCCCUCCUCUUUGUGUUCAAAAUAUGAUCUGUUUAAUUCAUUCCCAAGGUCUUUUUUUUUUUUUUUUUUUUUUUUUUUUUUUAAAUACCUGCUGGAAUAUCAAAUUGUAAAGUUGGCCACCCUAAUUAGUUAACUAAUGGACCUUUUCUUCAAAAAAAUAUAUCUUCAAAAAAAUAUUUUCUUCAAAAAACUAAAGCUGUCUACUCUUAUAGAUUGUUACUUUGAAAUAAGAACUUAAAGGUUAUUUUUUUAUUGCCUGAUUAGACUCAUAACCAUGGGAAUAAUAGCCAUAGUUAAAAGGUCGACUUGCAUAAGUUUUUUCUCCGCUUCAUUUCUGCAAUCUUUUGCCUCAUGAAGAGUCUGCAAAUGAAGACUGACUUGAACUACAGUGUCAGACAAGGAUGGGGAAAAGUAAUGUAUGGUAAUUAUGACAUGAGUAAUGACUGCAAAUGAAAAGAAGGACAAUGCCUUGAAGUGCCUAUUUUUAAGAAACAGCAUCUGAGUAAAGCUUCAUAUGAUCCUUCUACCGACUAUACAUACUCUGUGAUAAGUUAUUUGCAUAUUGUCAUUAAUAAAAUAAAAGUGUUGCUAUUUUGGGUUUUGCUAAAAA